AUGAAAGAAGAGAACAGCACGGGCGGGACAUGCGAGCCGUGCAAGACGUUCGGAGAGAAGUGUAGCCACGUGGUGAAGAAACAGCGAGCCAAGUUUUACAUCCUUGGCCGUUGUAUCGCCAUGUUAGUUUGCGGCCGUGAGCGUGACCGCGACCGCGACCGUGUUUCGAUUUAG